UUUAUGUAUAAGCGGAAAUGUGGAAACAGCUGUGAAGCUGGGUUACUGGAUUAAAAAAAAAAAAAAAAAAAAACACGCGCGAUUUUAAUAAUGUUGCAGUUGCAUUUUGCUAAAGACACGCUGCCCGACAGUGUGAGCAGUGAUUUUCAGACCCUGAAUAAAUUCAGUGAGCAGCAGUUUCUGAGUUUGACUGAUUUAUUGUACCAGUUUCUGCUGGAGCCUAAAGAGUCGGAGCGGUUUCUGACCCAGCUGAGUGAAUUUGCAGGAGAGAACGGCAUGGCCGCAGGUCCACUUAGGAGCUUGAUGAAGAGCAUCCUGUUGCUUCCACAUGGUGCUAUAAAGAAGAACCUGACAGCCGAGCAGGUGAAAGAGGAUCUGCUCUCACUUGGGUUGACUGAGGACAAGGCCAAUUACUUCUCUGAUCAGUGGAGGAUCCAUUACCCAGUGUUAUCCAGAUUGGCAGUUGCACAAACACUGAUGGUCAAUCAACUAGUGGAUAUGGAAUGGAAAUUUGGUGUUACUGUAGGAACAAGUGAACUGCAGAAAGCUGGAAACAUCUUUUUGCAGCUUAAGCUAGUGCUCAGGAAGGGCAACGCAACUGAAAGUGUGUAUAUGGAACUGACUCUACCUCAGUUCUACAACUUCCUUCAUGAGAUGGAAAGAGCCAAAGCCAAUAUGGACUGCUUUAGCUGAGGCCCUGUACCUGUUCACAUUUGACUCCUCUAGGAUUGUGUACAGUAUAGGUGAAUCACAGAAGCUAUUGAAUGUGUGUGUGAGCAUGAAUGGAUAUAUGUGUUUGUGUGAUUUAAGGUAUGACUGUAAUGUUUCCAUACACAGCAAAUCUUAGGUGCACUUUGAUCUCUUUGAUUCACAAGUUUUUUUAUGUCCUCUUUUAUACAAUGAAAUUUGCUUAAUCAUACUGAUACAAGUUAUUCAGUACAUGACCAGUUUUUUUUUUUUUUUUUUUUACUACAUGAUUAAAACUUUCAAAAAU